UCUCUCGCUCUCUCUCUCUCAAAUUUCUAGAUUGGAUUUUGUCUCUUACAUGCUGAAAUGGAGAAUGUAGAUGCAAAUCAGCUUCCUGAAGUGGAUUCAUUGCCAGAUGGCUUUGUUGACAGCUCCAAUGAACUUCUGGCUCCUCCAACCCCAACUUUGGAGCAAGAGAAGCCUCUGACUGAUUGCAAUGAGGAUAGUAUAUCAGAAAUUGAUCAUUCAAAUGAAAGAAUAACAAGUGUAGUAGCAAAUGGAUCAAACCAGGAGAGCAAUGAGAAGACAGGAAAACUGAGACCGCUUCCCAUUCCAUUAUCUGAAAUAGAUGGAUUUGAUGCUUCAGAUCAAUCAGAAGAGUUGCCUGAUAAGGCCCUUGUGGAUCAGGCAGAAGGUACAAUGGCCAUGCUCAAUUCAGCUAAUUUAGUUUAUGAGGAUUCAAUUGGGGUACCUGAAUGCAGUGAGGCAAAAGAACAUGUUCAAGGGAAUUGUCAAAGUUCAGAGAGCUCCAUUAAAGGAGAUUCAGGCACCCAAGCUAUAGAUGCAAACGAAAUAUCUUCAUCGGAGGGCAUUGAAUUGCAGAAAGGCAGAAAACUAGAAACCACUGAAGCCAAACGUAAGAAUGCAAAACGGUCAUUUAAAUCAGAAAAGGAGUUUCUAGAGUUCACUUUGAAGUAUCAACAAGUUCUUGCAGAAAGAGAUGCUGCAAUUGCCGUUCGCGAUAAACUUGAGUCACUCUGCAGAGAGUUACAGCGCCAGAAUAAAAUGUUAAUGGGAGAAUGCAAAAGGGUGUCAACAGAGGGGCAAAAUUUGAGAUUAGAUUUAUCUGCUAAGUUCCAAGAUGCAAUCAAGGAUGUGAGCAACAAGUUAGAGGAACAGAAAGAGGAAUGUUUCUCACAGUUGAAGGAGAAUGAGAUGUUAAGAAAUAAGCUGAAACAACUAGCUGAUCAGUAUGCUCUUUCUGAACAACAAUAUGCACAGAAGUUAAAACAGAAAACACUGGAACUUCAGCUUGCUGAUUUGAAGAUCAAGCAACAUGAAGAGAAAUUGAUCCAGGAGCAGUCUCACAUGAAAGUGUAUGCUGAACAGGUGGCACAAUUAUUGGUGACAGAAAAGAAUUUGCGCUGGCAGUUGACAGCUGAUGGAGAAAAAUUCCAACAAUUCCAGGAGGCAUUGUUAAAGAGCAAUGAGGUUUUUGAAACAUUUAAGCAAGAGAUUGAGAAGAUGGCAAAAUCAAUCAAGGAACUGAAGAAGGAAAAUGUUUUCUUGAAGAGCAAAUCUGAGAAAUCAGAUGUUACUCUCAUAGAACUUGUUGAGGAGCGUGAGAAGUUGAAGAUGCAACUGGAGAAAACCAAGAAUCAAAAAGAGAAGUUGGAAUCAUUGUGCCGAUCACUUCAGGCAGAAAGGAAGCAGAAUUCUAAUGGGGGCAACGCCCAUGAUGCAGUUCAACCAUCCAAGAUCACUGAGAUUAAGCAUGUAUGAAUAGCAAUGAAGGAUUUUGUCAGUAUUGCUUCAAAUUAUGUUUCAUACUUUGUUUCCACUUAAUCAGCUUGCCAAGGAAAUUCACAGGGAUCAAAUGUUACUCUACGAGCAUAAUUUUAUACUUCUCCGGAAAAAAUACUCCUUUUCUUUUUCGUCCUUGACCCAAAAUAAUCAUUCGGUUAUGGUAAUUGAAUUGUACCA